AUGGCCGGUAAUGGAACCCACUCAGAUUCAAAAGCUGCAACAAUUGUGAUUAAAGAUCUCAGAUUUACAUACCCCGGCAUCGACGGCCACCCGCCGCCGGGUUCCUCUCCGCUCAUUCAAAGUUUCUCUCUCACUCUCCAUUCCGGCGACCGCUGCCUUCUCGUUGGUUCCAACGGCGCCGGGAAAACCACGAUCCUGAAGAUACUAGGAGGGAAGCACUUGGUGGAGCCUGACAUGGUUCGCGUGCUUGGAAGAUCAGCUUUUCACGAUACCACUUUGGUGUCUUCUGGUGAUCUCUGUUAUCUUGGUGGCGAGUGGAGGCGAGAUGUUGCUUUUGCGGGUUUUGAGGUGCCAAUACAGAUGGACAUUUCUGCUGAAAAAAUGAUAUUUGGUGUGGCUGGGAUUGAUCCUCAGAGAAGAGCGGAGCUCAUCAAGGUAUUGGAUAUUGAUCUUUCAUGGAGAUUACAUAAAGUAUCUGAUGGUCAAAGAAGAAGAGUACAGAUUUGUAUGGGUCUCCUCAAACCAUUCAAGGUUCUUCUUCUAGAUGAGAUAACAGUUGACCUUGAUGUUCUAGCAAGAGCUGACCUUCUGAGAUUUCUAAGAAAGGAAUGUGAAGAGAGGGGUGCCACCAUUAUCUAUGCAACACAUAUAUUUGAUGGUCUCGAGGAUUGGCCUACACAUAUUGUUUAUGUCGCCCAUGGAAAGCUACAACUAGCAAUGCCUAUGGACAAAGUCAAAGAAAUCAGCAAAUUGUCGCUAAUGAGAACAGUAGAAAGUUGGCUGCGGAAAGAACGAGAUGAAGAUAGAAAGAAAAGGAAAGAGAGGAAAGCAGCUGGUCUUCCUGAAUUUGGAGCGCAAGUUGAGGGAAGCCGUGUAACAGGGGAUCCUGCCCGUGCUGCAGUUCGAGCAAUUAAUAAUGGCUGGGCAGCAGGACGAUUAAAUUCCACCGUUGCAGGUGAAGAAAACUUGAUCCUCAGCUCGAAUCGAGUAUUGAGGCAGUAG